UUUGUUAAUUCUAAGGCGCUUUGUUCCUUUAAUUCCGUUUUUUCCAACGGCGACGUUUUAUGAUCACCUGUGAGGGGCCGGACAUGCGCGUUGGAUGGAUGGAUAGAUGGAGGAGGGAGGCGCACAACUCUAGACCUACACCCGCGCGGAGAGGCUCUGCUCUCGGGAUGCGCGUUAUCGCCACAGAGACCCUCGACUGAAAUGGAGAAACAAAACGCCAUGCAUCCAAAACAACCACGGAUACCGACGCCGUCGCCUUAUUCCGGACAUUAAGAGCCGUAUCGCCGCGUAAUUAGCUGGAGGGAGGGGGAUUAAAAGGGAAAGGGGGUCGAUCAUGGGGAACGAAGCGAGCCUCGAAGGCGGCGAAGGGGCGCUCGCUGGAUUACCAGCGGGACUCGCACCUGAUGGGAAGGGUGGCUUCAAGAUGCCCGCUGGGGUGGAGGCAGACCUCAGUAAUCUAUCUGAGGAGGAAAGAAAGCAGCUUGUGGCCGCUAUGGCCAAAGCGCAGUCCAGGCCACCAGAGACUCAAGCUGGUGGCACCAGAGUCCCAGCAGGUCUCAGUAAAAGUCGGACUGUAGAUGCAUUUGGAGAGGGGCCGCCUCCCAAGCCAAAGCCUGGACGGAGCCCCUCCUCCCUCAGCCUCCUUGAGUCACGUUUCCGGCAGGAGCCCAAAGACCCAGAACAACCACGAACUGGCAUGUUCUCGUCUGGCUUCUUGAGUGGGGCCAACCCCCUGAGUGCGGUCUCUUCUGCUGUCUCCUCUGCCAGCAUCCCAAAGUUUAGUUUGUUUGGUGAUGAUGAGGAAGAGGUGCCUGCAAAGCAGGAAGGAAAGCCUCCUGGCCCACAGAGUGGAGUGGGCAAGGGUCCUCCGCAGCAAGGGAGUAAGCCACCUCAGCAAGGUCCACCUAAAGGACAGGGGCCUGAAGGUAAACCUGGAGGUCCUGGUCCCCAACAACAAGGACCCAAACCUGGUGGACCAGGACCUCAACAAGGACCCAAACCUGGGGGACCAGCAGCCCAACAACAAGGACCCAAACCUGGUGGACCAGGACCUCAACAAGGACCCAAACCUGGGGGACCAGCAGCCCAACAGCAGGGACCUAAAACUGGGGGACCAGGACCCCAACAGGGACCCAAACCUGGGGGACCAGGACCCCAACAGCAGGGACCUAAACCUAGUGGACCAGGACCUCAACAGGGACCCAAACCUGGGGGACCAGGAGCCCAACAACAGGGACCUAAACCUGGUGGACCAGGACCUCAACAGCAAGGACCCAAACCUGGAGGACCAGGCCCCCAGCAACAAGGGCCUGGGAAACCUGGUCCAGGGGUUGCAGCAAAACCCAGUGGACCUCAACAGCAGGGUAAACCUGGGCCGGGGGCUCAUUUGGAAGGACCUGGUAAAGCUGGGCCUGCUCAAAGAAAAGCAUUGUGUCCUCUUUGUAAUUCCACAGAGCUGAAUGUGCAGGCCAAAGACCAGCCACCUAACUACAACACCUGCACUCAGUGCAAACAGCAGGUGUGCAGCCUGUGCGGCUUCAGUCCACCAGACUCAGCGGGUAAGGAAUGGUUGUGUCUGAACUGUCAGAUGCAGCGGGCAGUGGGGGGCAUGGAGCCUCCUGGACCUCCAAUGAUGAAACAGCCCCCCAAGCAGGGUUCUGCACCUCCCUCCCCACAAAGGAAAGAGCCACCGUCUGGGUCUCCCUCUAAGGGUGAGCCAGGGAAGAAGCCCCCAAUGCUGACCAAACAACAGAGUAUUGCUGAUACUGGGAAAGGAAGUACACCUCCAACUACACCAAAAUCUGGACCACAGCAGGGACCUCAGCCAGUACAACUAGGGGCCAAGCGUGGACAGCCUCCACCUCUUCAAAAACCUUCACAGAGCCCAAAAGGUAGUCCUCAGCCUUCUCCAGCAAAAACUACUCCAAAACAAGAUGGAGGGGGCUUUUUUGGAGGAUUUGGUCUGGGAGGAUUGACAGAGGUGACAAAACCCUCUGUAGGUGCUCAGGCUAGCGAGUCAGUCGCAGGAAAACUCUUUGGUGGUUUUGGUGGGUCGUCCAAACCUCAGGCCGGCUCUACUGCUCAGGCCAGCGAGUCGGUCACUGGAAAACUCUUCAGUGGGUUCAGUGGUCUCACCGAGUCGGCUAAACCUACGCCAGCAAGUUCUCAGUCUGCCGAGAGUGUGUCUGGAAAAAUGUUUGGUUUUGGUUCUUCCAUCUUGAGCUCUGCCACCAAUCUCAUUUCUGGGGAGGAAUCAAAGUCUCCCCCAGAAUCUCAUCCAGGAUCGCCCCCUGAUUCCCCCAUUGGAUCUGAAGCAGACUCCCCUCCCGGAUCCCUCCCUGACUCAGGCUCAGAGUCACCUCCUGACACACCACCUGCUUAUUCCAAAGACACAGCAUCUCCAAAACCUACAGCUGCUGAAGGAAAAACAUCAGCGGACAUGCCCCCUCCAAAAUCGACAGAAGUAGAGGGGCCUCUGACUCCAGUUUCAGGCUCUGAGGCCCAGUCCUGCUGUCCACUCUGUAAAGUGAAGCUGAACAUGGGAUCAGGAGAGUCACCUAACUAUAGCACCUGUACAGAGUGCCAGAAGACUGUGUGCAACCUGUGUGGAUUCAACCCCACUCCACAUCUCUCAGAGAAAGAAUGGCUCUGCCUAAACUGCCAGACCCAAAGGGCUCUCUCUGGGCAACUUGGGGAUAUGCCACCUCCACCUUCUCCAUCCAAGCUACCAGCCAAACACGAACCCACCCCUUCCUCCUCCCCAGCCCGUGCUGCAUCCUUCACCCCUUCUUCUUCUGCACCUACUGCCACUGCCACCCCCGCCAAAGGGCUAACACGGAUGCCCAGCAUAACUCAGGCCCCAGCUGACAAGUCUGAGCCAGUCUCAGCCAAAGUUGAUGCUAAAGAUGUCAAAAAUACAGAUGCAGAACAAGGGGUUACAGCAGAGCCAGUACUGACGAGUACACAGGUAGUACCAGAAGAGAGAAAAGAACAAGCACCUGGCACCCUGAAUGAAAACACAGAGGGCGUAGCAACUGUAACUGAGCAAAUAGUUAAGGAAGAUGCAACUCCUUCACCUAAUGUUUUAAAAGAGACAGCAGAUGUUAAAGGGGCAGAUGUAGAACAGGCUGAAACUGGCGAACAAACUGAGGACCAAGCAGCGGUACAGAAUACAGAGAAGAGUGAGCCAGAACAGUGCCAGGUCAAAAAGACAGAAUAUGCUAAUACAUUUGAAACGGAGCCUGAAAGCAGCCAGGAAGCACCUAUAAUUGAUAAUGUUAUUCAGACCCUUCUGGUUAGUGACAUGGAAGCCAUUUCAGAAAAAGAAAUAGAGCCACAAUCCACUGAGACAUCAGAACCAGCCACAGAGAUCAAAAUGACACAGUCCAAUGCAAGCUCUCCUAUAAGCAAGGAACCACAUAGUAAGACUAAAGAGAAACAAUCUGAAGAGCUCUCACUACCCUCAAAUGUAGAUACGGUAGAUAACAUGCCUGUAAAGGAAAGCUCUAUUGAGACCGCAACUACUGAUCCUUAUCAAAGUAGCAUAGGGGAUGUGCCAGAGAGGAAACCUGAGGCCUCUGUGCAAAUUGAGGCACCAGGGAUUGAGUCCAGUGAGCCCCGUGAUAAUCAGCCAUCCUAUGAUAUUACCUAUCAGGAAGAAUCUGCAGAGCCAGAAAAUAGAGCAGAUCGACUUGAAAAUGGAGUCAUAGCGGAGGCCAUUUUGAAUAACGAAUUAACAGAAGAGCAGGUUACAGAAACAACAGAGUUAACCCCCCAAAAUAAUGUAAAUGUAUGUGACAAAGAAGAGGUUAUAGUAAAAAUGCUAGAGAUGAAAGAUCCAUUUGAAAAGUCAGAAGUCACUUGCAAAGAUUCUAGUCUUAUUGCAAAUUAUAUUUCUGUAGAUAAUAACGAUGAGAAUUCUGAAAAAAGUCUAAAAGAAGAUAAGAUAGAGGUAGAGGACACAUCACAAACACAAUUAGAUGAGCUCUCACAAUCUCCAGUUACUGAACUCAACUUCACAGAAGAAAUAUUGGCGAGUGGAUCUGAAAAUGUUAGUAAAUAUAACCCAAAGGAUCACUGCACUAAAGAGCUCUGUGUAGAAAAAGAGGAUAAGCCACUGGAAAAGGAACAGAUGAGCACAGAUAAAGUAGUGCUGGAAAAAUGUAUGCCAGAUCAAGCAGGUGGAGAUUUAGAGAUCCUCAAGAACACAGAGCAGAAAGUCACUCCCAAUACUAUGCCUGACAACAUAAAAUUUGAAUUUAGUUCUGAAAGCCCUUUCUCUGAACAAGAGAUUAGUCCAGAUAAAAACAUAGAGGAGAAAAAAAUGGGGAAUACAUACCCUCCAGCCCUUCAAGAAGCUGCUCCCAAACCAGAGAAAACAAUGUCAGAAACAGAGAAAAUAUGUGAGCAAAACACAGAGUCAGAUGCUGUUAUUACAGAGAAUGAGAAUGAAUGUAAAGUAAUUAAAGAUAAACUAUCAUCUGUUAAUAAUCAUACUGUUUCAGAGAUUGUAGAAAAAACAUUUCCAGAAGAAGAGGAAAUUAGCCAAAUUCCAGACACUGUGACAGAAAAAGCUCUAGAACAGUCUGUCAUACCAAGAGGUUAUACUGACCAGAAAAUAGGAGUCCCCUCAUCCCCUGUGGUUAGUCAGAAUGACGACAUAAAAGCAAUAAUUGAGAUUAAGCCUGAAGAGAUGCAGUCUACACAACAAGCCCAGACUCCUGCUGUGAAUGAGAUGGUAGAAAAAAUAUUGCCAGAACAGAAGGAUAUUAGGCAGAUUCCAGACUCUGUGACAGAAAAAGAUCUAGAACAUUCUGCCAUGCCAAAGGGUCUUACUGACCAGGAAAUACAAGUUCCCUCAUCCCUGGUGGUUAGUAAGCAUGAAGAUGAAAAAGCAGUAAUUGAGAUUAAGCCUGAAGAGUUGCAGUCUACACAACUAGUCCAAACCCCUGCUGUAACAUCUACUACAUCUAGUGUGAAAGAUAAAUUAGUCAGUGAGGAGCUGAUGGAAAAAGCGCUGGUUGUAACUGACCUGGAAGUCACCAACAAAGCUAAACUUGAAUCUACAGCUAAUUGUGUGCCCCAUAGCCUAGACCAUGAUGUAGAAGUAGUCUCCCCACCAUCUACAUUUAGCCAACAGGAAAGAAACAAAUCAGAGGAGGGGAAGUUGACCUCUGAACCACAAGAAAAAUUGGAUGAUGUGCUACAGCCAUUGAUAAAGUCUAAUGAAAUUAAUGAAUCUGGAGAGAAUAAAGAAGAGGCUCCUGUCCCAGUGAAAGAGAGUGAGCUACUGAGGAAGCCUAGUAAGAAAGAUAAAGAAAGCAGCCCUAUGAGUCCUUCAGACUUGGCCAAGUUGGAAAGCACUGUCCUUCCAAUACUAGAGGCUCAGACAAUAUCUAAAGAGAUAUCACAAACUGAAACUCCAAAGGUCAAGCGUCGACUGGAGGUGUUGCCAAUGUCUCCAGAACCCAGCUCAGAGGAUGACCAACAUGUAGAAUCUCAAAAGCAAAAAAUUGAUGUAACAAAAAAAGAGCGGAAAAAACUUUUGGUUCCAACUGAUAUUCAAGGAGAUUCUUUUGAGGACAGUAGUGAGGGAGAACCUUCACCUAAACUGCAAAGGAAAAAGACUGUUGGAGAUAAGGAAGUAGAAAUGGAGAGUCCUAUGGAUGAGGAGGAUUUCAUCCGGAAGCAGAUCAUAGAGAUGAGUGCAGAUGAGGAUGCAUCACCAUCUGAUGAAGAAAACAUUGCCAGACGGAAAAUUAAAGAUCAAGAGAAGACGCAAAUGGAACAAAAUGCAAAGAAAGAUGAAAAGGACAAACGUGAAUUGUGCAAAGGGAGACACCUUCUCAAAAAUAGCAGUAUCAGUCCAGAAGAUGAGCCUGAACGGAAGAGUAUUAUCUCUGUAACUAAAAUUGAAGAACUAGCUAAAGGAGAACAACCUUCAGUAGACAGUGGAGCUGGUAUACGACAUUUUAAAACAAUUGAACUUAACAGUACAGCGACUGUACGUCAGAUAUCAGAUGACGGUGAGCUAGAGAGCCUUACAGACUCUCCUGAUGACAGGUCAAGAGGUGAAGGCUCUUCCAGUUUACAUGCAUCCAGUUUUACCCCAGGAACAUCUCCAACAUCUUUGUCUUCUCUUGAUGAAGACAGUGACAGUAGCAGCCCAAGUCAUGUUCGGUCUAGUGGUGAGGGCAAGCAGCAGAGGAAAGCAAAGCACCGGUCAGGCCAGCUUCCUACCAUUGAGGAUUCAUCAGAGGAAGAGGAGCUGCGAGAAGAAGAAGAGCUUCUGAGAGAACAGGAGAAGCAGAAGGGCACAGGAAAAAAGUCAAAGAAAGACAAAGAAGAGAUACGGGCACAGAGAAGGAGAGAAAGACCCAAAACUCCGCCAAGCAACCUCUCACCAAUUGAGGAUGCAUCUCCCACAGAAGAGCUAAGACAAGAAGCAGAGAUGGAGGAAUUCCGCAGGUCUUCCUGCUCAGACCUUUCCCCAAGCAUGGAGUCAGAACCAGAGAGCUUUGAGAUUCUCCCAGAGAAGAUUGUUGCUGUCCAAAAAGUGUAUCAAUUACCAACAUCAGUCUCACUGUACUCUCCAACAGAUGAGCAACACACUGAUAGUCAGUCCAAAGAAAAGAGAAAACAUGCAUUAAGAAGUGCUGAUGAGGCAUAUGAAGAGAUUAUGCUCAAGGUCAAAUCUCCAACUAACGAUGGAAAGGAACAUCCACCUGGUAAAAAAUCUCUUUAUGGGAGCAUGCUGAUAGAAAAUUAUGCAUAUGAGUCUCUUGUUGAUGAUGCGUCCUAUGAGCAGGAACCAGAUAAACUUUUUGUGUCAGAGAAACCCAGAAAAACCCUGAGAUCACCUGAUGAGGUUUAUGAGGACAUGAUGCAAAGAAAGGAAGAGAUGAUGCUUAAGGAACAGGAGAUAAAACACAGUAAGCCAGUAGAAGAUGCUCCUAAAGCAAAAACUGUGUUUCCCGAAACUGACUCAAGCAAAGAACAAAGCAUUAUGUCAUCAAGCACCACAGGUCAAUCCGGAAAGGAUAGGAGGCCAUUAUUAGAUGCAGAAGCAGCCUAUGAGGAGCUUAUGAAGAAGCAAAGAGCGGUACUAACUCCAGGCACCAGUCCAACUCAAGCAGGCCCUGAUCUGAGUGGCAUGGCACAAGUUACAACAAUAACCCAAGGUGAAAAAACCGAGCCAGCACCCCUACGAAGAAUACUGCCUAUUCCUGAUCUAAGAGUGACACAGUGCUCCUCAGGUGAAGAGGAAUCUGGUGAAGAGAGUAUUUCUGAUCAAACACAGGACUCUGAGAAAGCUACAGUUUCAGUUACAAAGACUGAACCAGAACCACUUGUGGAUGAGACUUUCCAGAAAACAUCAGUCUCAGAGCCAGUCGUAGAGGAUUUGUCACUACAAAGAGAAGUAGCAUUGCCUGCAGUAUCAAGUGAUUCACAGGAUGCCACAGAAAAUGAUGUAGGAAUUGAGCAGACAGUUGUUGUUGACUUGUCCAAGUCAUCAGCCCCUAGUCAAAUUGACUCUUUUACAGCACCUGUUCCUAGUGUAAUUUCAAGACCGUCGGCCCCAGUAGUUGUAAGUGUAUCACCUUUGCCCACAGUACCGCAAUAUAUAGUACCAACUGCUCCACCAGUUCCUCCCAAACCAGUAGUACUACGCAGAGCUGCAUCUCUGGAAAAAGCAGACAUUCCAGUUCCUCCACCCUUACCCCCUCCAACACUACCCAAACCUUCUGUGUAUCCCAAAAAGACUCCACCACAGGUCCCCCCAAGAACUACUCCAGUUGGCAUGCCAACCACAGGGGACAGUGUACCAGUAAGACAGCCUCUCACUCCAAGCUAUAAGCCCCAUGUUCCUCCACCUGUACCACCUAAGCCAUCCUCUAUCCCUGCAGGCCUAACCUUCAGUCACAAACCUGGGGAGACUGUUAAACCUCGCAUAGCUCCCAAACCCAUAGCUGGUGCUCAGCCACCCUUUACAGCCCACACACCUACAAGACCUACCAUACUGAGUACAAGCAGUGCAGAUAGUGUCCUUAAUCUGAGUCCUUCUGCCGAACAUAAGACCACAUCUCCUCUCAAGUCCCCUACAUCACCCAGGUUUGGCAAGGUUUUACGUGACACAUAUGUUGUUAUUACUUUGCCAUCUCAGCCUGGUUCACCUACAGAAGGUAUCACAACCCAAGCCUCAAUAGGUCCUAGCCAAGAAUCACCUCAGAAGCCACCUCAUUCACCACCUCAACCACCUCCACAAUCACAAACAACUAGAGUACCAUUGGCAUUCACACGAAUUACUGAAUCUAUUGAAAGUCAAGAAAUAUGUGGUCCAGAGAAGGUAGUUUCUAGCAUGAGUCAUGUCUACGAGGCUAUUUCAGCCUCAACACAGCCUCAGUCAAUUAUUCCAAAUGUUGGCGUUCAGGUAGUUACCACUGAAGUCCAAAGAACCACAGUGUCUGUUGUGCAUGAAAGAACACCACCUCCACAUCCCAUUCCAAGAGCCUCUGGCAUCUCUGUAGUUCAAGAAAACAUAAAACCUGAACCAGCUCAAGUGCAGAAUGGUCAUGCCUACCAUCCUGGUGAGGUUGUGGAUCUCCGUACCCCAAAGAUAGAUGCAGAGACAUCCAUGAAAGGUGUGGAUCUGUCUUCCUCUGAGUCAAGACGACAGUCCCUUGCUAUUGAUAGUGGUGGACGUCAGCAAAGUGCUGUGCAGUCAUCUGUAGUAAACCUAAGCACUGAUACGUCCUCAGUCUCUGUGGUUACUGACAACAUCGCCAUCCUCACGUGCACAGCCACUGUAGCUUAUGGUAGUGAUGUAUCUCUGUCAACAUCAAUGCCUCUCCAACUUACAACAGCUAAAUCCUUUGAGCCUGUGUCUCAAAUUAUUUACAGACCUGUGGAUUCUCAACCAGAGAAACCCAUAAAUCUCUCUACAACAAUGGGUAAAACUGUUCCUGUAACAAUGGCUCCUACAAUUGCAAGCAAUUGCAUUUGUGCAACUAUACCCCCUCGUCUAGAAACAGGGUUAUCCGGUGCAGUUGAUCUCACCACAGUAAAACCUGCACAAACUGUGGUUGCAAUGAAUGGGUCCACUGCAGAGGUGGUUACUGCUGUAAUUACAGAGGAUGAUGGAAAACCAGUAGAUCUUACUGCUGGAAGAAGAGCAGUCUGCUGUGAUGUAGUCUACAAGCUUCCUUUUGCAAGCAGCUGUACAACUCAGCAGGCCUCAGCUCCAUUACCAGAGGAUCGCUUUGGCUACAGAGAUGACCAUUAUCAAUACGAUCGUACUCCUCAUGGUAUGAGAGGUCUUGGUGGCAUUAAACCCUCAAUGUCGGACACAAACUUGGCAGAGGCUGGUCUCUUCUUAUAUAAAAGUAAGCAUAGUUAUGAUUACAAGGAUAUCACUGAAGGUGCUGUAGACCUGACAUCUGGAAAAAUGUUGGUGGCAGGUGAAGCUGUAGACUAUUCGAACAAGUCUACAGGAGUGUGCACUGGAAUGACAGUUCCACAGUACACACAAGCCAGGAUUACUUCAGCAGUUGGAACCCACUAUGGUGUUUCUAGUGUCCUAAGAUCUUCCAAUGGUAUUGUUUAUUCUUCUGUAGCAGCUCCAGUCCCUUCUACAUAUGCCAUAACCACCCAGCCUGGCUCUAUCUUCAGCACAUCCUUCAAUACUCUGUCAGGCAUGCACACAAGUGAUACUAUGCCAUCACUGUCAACUCUACAGAAUCAGCCUCUCACUAGGUCGCACAGCUUUCUUUCAACAAUUGCUGUAACCACAGCAGAAGAACAAAGUGACUUACCAUUAAAUCUGGAGACUGUUGUUUCAAAGGCUGGCCUUUCAACGACUCUCUCAGAUGCCAUUUCAACAGUCACCACGGUGGCAGCACUGGACACCUACACAAAUGCUUCACUGGAGGCAAUUGCAGCCUCUUUAGAAGCUCUGUCUUCACCCUUGGUUCCAGGAGAUGGACAGUACCAGAUAAAGCGUGAGCUUCUUGAGCUAGAAAAGAUGAAGCAGCAACGCUUGGCUGAAGAACUUGAGUGGGAGAGACAGGAGAUACAGCGGUUCCGUGAUCAAGAACAGCUUCUUGUGCAGAAGGAGCUGGAAGAACUCCAGGCCAUGAAACAGCAAAUACUAUGUCAGCAAGAAGAGGAUAGACAGGCCCACCUUUUGAUGCAGAAGGAAACUUAUGCUCAGCAACAGGAGCAGUUAGAGCAGAUCCAGAGACUCCAAGAACAGCUCAGACAGCAGUUGGAAGAACAGAAGUUCAGGCAGAUGUAUCCAGGUGAAGUCCUGCCAGAGGCUCUUGUUGUGGCAGGAGAAAGAAAAAUGGACAGUGGCUGCCAGACUGAUGAGGAGGAUAAUAGUGAAAAGGCCUACACUGCAGGAAGGAAAAAGAAAAGUACAAAAAAAAGUGUUGAUAGCUGUGUACAGACAGAUGAUGAAGACCAAGAUGAAUGGGAAGUUCCUGCUCGAAGCAGGCGCAGUAGAACACGUGGUGGUAAAAAUGGCAUGGGUGAAAGAGGAGCUGUUUCAGUUCAGGCCCUUACUGAAAUCUCUGUACAAACGGACCCUUCAGGAACACUUAGGGGGCACUCUGUGCAGGUAGAUACUAGAUUAGAUUAUCCUGACUCUGAUAGAACUUUUUCUCCAAAGAGGCGUCCCACUCCACUUGAUAUAGGUCAGUCUCCUCACCUCAAAGCAGAUGCCUCUACUCUUCAGGUUGUCCCAGGUCCUCCCAAAUCCCCAAAAGUACUGUACUCCCCAAUUUCCCCUUGUGUAUCCCCUAGCAAAUCCCUUGAGUAUUUGUCCUAUGAGAAAUCCCAUGGAGACACAAGCCCACAGAGAAUGCACUCUGCCACAGAUCUAUCCAAUGGUCCACCAACAAGUCCUAGGGCUCCUAAGGUCAUACAAAGGUCAAUGUCUGACCCUAAACCCAUGAGCCCAACUGCUGAAGAAAGGGCAGCAGCAAAUUUCCAGUAUUCUGAGGGUUACUCUGGAAAGGGAUCUCCAAGUGGAACUCCAUCUGGCACCCAAAAGAAGGUUAAGAGGACCCUUCCUAACCCACCUUCAGAGGAAGAAGCUGUUAAUGUUGGUCAAACAGCCUACAGCACUGGCUCAGCUCGUCGCCGUCUCUGCCGGAGCACUAACAUGGCACGAGCAAAAAUCCUGCAGGACAUUGACCGUGAACUAGACCUGGUUGAGAGAGAGUCCUCCAAACUGCGUAAAAAGCAAGCUGAACUGGAUGAGGAAGAAAAGGAGAUUGAUGCCAAGUUGCGAUACCUGGAGAUGGGCAUUAACCGAAGAAAGGAGGCAUUGCUUAAAGAAAGGGAGAAGAGGGAAAGGGCCUAUCUGCAAAGUGUUGCAGAGGACCGUGACUACAUGUCUGACAGUGAGGUGAGUAACAUUCGUGAAACAAGAGUUGGAGAGGAGGUCAGUGGACAUGGGCUUGAGAGACCACGUACUGCACCACAGUCAGAACUUGAUGAAUUUGUUCCUCCACAGACAAAGCACGACCAGUAUGGAAAAUAUUCCCAGUACCAGUACCCACAGUAUCAGCAGUCCCUUUACCAGCCUCAGUCACCAUACCAAUCCCAGUCCAUCUACUCUUCUGUUCCUUCUCUGACUGCCUCACAACAACAGAGCUACCACCAAAUGCUUUUGCUCCAGCAAAAAGCCAGACAACAAGCUGCUCUCCUCUCUGAAUUAGAUUCUACCAAAAUUUCCACCAACUAUGACACGUCAUCUUACUUGGGAGGAAAAUAUGGUAACCACCUUGACUUGCAUAGCCUAGAAGAGCGUGCUGGCAGCUUGGCAGUCAGUCCUAUGUCAAAUGUAUCUGCUGAAUCCUUCUAUGCAGACUUAGAGCAACAUCAAACACCAAGGAGCUAUAUGCUUUUAGAAGAUGCAGCAGAACUUGCAAAAAGCACUGUUAGCCUUUCAUCUGCCAGCUAUGGCAUUGCUGAGAGGGAGCUAGCCAAAGCAGAGCACCUUCUGAGACGCACUGCUGCAGAUGUUGGUACAGACUACCUGGGAAGCUCCUCCAGACUUCACUCUUAUGGUAAGGCUCAAGAUGAAGAGGACCCAAUGGAAGAGCCAUUUGAACUAAAGCUUUUAAAACAACAACUGAAACAGGAGUUCCGGAGAAGCACAGGGGGCACUGAAAGCUUAGAGCAGCUUGCUGGACUCUCACAUCACUAUACCACUAGCACUGGAGUGUCUAGUGGAGGCUACAGGGCGUUCCCCAAAACUGAAAAGUAUAGCAUCAGUAGAUUGACCUUAGAGAAACAGGCUGCCAAGCAACUUCCUACAUCUAUGCUCUACCAGAAACACAAAAACACCGGCAACAUAGGCAAGUACUCCUCCAUCCAGGAUAGCAGGGCUCUAGAAACAGACUAUAGUAGUUACUUGGGGUCCAGUAGUGCUUCUCCCAGAUCAAGCAGACUUCUGCAGGAUGAAAUCACCUUUGGGCUACGCAAGAACAUUGCUGAACAGCAGAAAUACCUGGGCUCCACUCUUGGGGCCAACUUGGCAGGUUCACUCAAUCUGGGCCAAAGCCUAAAUCUGAGCCCAGGCAUGAGGUCCACUUUGGGAGAAGACUCUGCUUACCCUAGUGGAAGUAGGUCACGGCCUUCCUCUAGACCCUCCUCUGUGUAUGGCCUUGACCUGUCCCUUAAAAGGGAUACCUCUAGUUCAUCUCUGAGGCUCAAAGCAGAAGGUGACCCCUCCUCAGACACCUCAGCUUUCCAGGCUCCAUCAGGCAGGUCAAAACCUACAAGCCUGCCCAUUGUACAAGGUGGGCGUGGACGUAUUCCUAUUGUGGCACAGAACUCAGAGGAAGAGAGCCCACUGAGUCCAGUGGGUCAGCCAAUGGGUAUGGCACGGGCAUCAGCGGGUCCGCUCCCGCCCAUAUCUGCUGACUCGCGCGAUCAGUUUGGGUCAUGUUUGUCCCUCCAAGACCCUCAACAGCAACAUCUCAGAGAAGAUCCUUCAAGAGGGCGUGGCUAUGUGCUAAUGGAUGAUCUGCAGGGCACCAUGUCUGAUAGUGAAGCACUAAGUGAAUCCCUGGUGGGUUUGAGCGGAGACGAUCCAGGAAACUCACAUGAGAAUGUCACAAACGCGUACCACCUGCGACGGGAGGAAACUGACUGGUUUGAUAAACCACGAGAUGGGCGCAUAGAGAACGGACAAGGGGAUAGAAGACAGGGAAAGUCAGCACACUACCCGUUUCCUCAUGCCAGAAUAAAACUACAGCGGGAUCCCAAAGAUCGUAGUGUAUCAGGAAACGGACUGGGCAUUCGUGUGGUUGGAGGAAAAGAGGUCCCGGGCAGCAAUGGGCACAUUGGUGCGUAUGUUGCCAAAGUAUUACCUGGAGGAGCUGCGGAACAGACGGGGAAGAUUGUGGAAGGAAUGCAAGUUCUGGAAUGGAACAGCAUUUCUCUGACUGGUAAGACGUACGAGGAGGUGCAGGGUCUAGUUGGUCACCAGGUCGGAGAGGCGGAGAUAUGUGUCAGACUUGACCUAAAUAUGCUGUCUGAUUCUGAAAGCUCCCACCUAGACCUUCAAGACCAGACCAAAGGAGACAGACCUCCGCGGUCACCAGGUGUGGACCCUAAGCAGCUGGCUGCCGAGUUGCAGAAAGUGUCCCAGCAGCAGAUGCCGUCCUCCUCUGCGUCAACACUGGAUAAAGCCUCAGCGUCUGCUGGCUCCAGUGCAGUUCCCAGCCCUGGCCAGCCUGGUUCACCCUCUGUCAGCAAGAAGCGUCACAGCAAGACCUCUGAGGCUGCAAAAACUCAGUCCCAUUCAGUGUCAGGAGAGAUCCAGCUUCAAAUAAAUUACGACAAACAGCUGGGAAAUCUCAUUGUCCAUGUUCUUCAAGCACGAAAUCUGGCACCCCGGGACAAUAACGGAUACUCGGAUCCGUUCGUUAAAGUUUACUUACUGCCGGGUAGAGGUCAGGUCAUGGUUGUGCAGAAUGCCAGUGCUGAAAACAAAAGAAGGUCCAAACAUGUUCAGAAGAGCUUGAACCCAGAGUGGAACCAGACUGUCAUCUACAAAAAUAUCCAUCUGGAACAGCUAAGAAAGAAGACACUAGAGGUCAGCGUGUGGGACUACGACAAGAGCUCUGCCAAUGACUUCUUGGGAGAGGUACUAAUCGACCUGUCCAACACGGCCCAACUGGACAACGUCCCACGCUGGCUGCCUCUGAAGGAGCAGAGCGAGGGCGAGCAUCACCGGCGUUCUCACUCGGGACAGGGCCACCAGCACUCGCCCAAACCCCCCGGAGGACACGGGAGCCAGCAUUCCCCAAAGACCUCCAGCCACAGCAAAGAGGACUCGCCCAAAUCCUCGGUCAUCAAGAGCCGUAGUCACGGAAUCUUCCCUGACCCUGCCAAGGACACACAGGUCCCUACUAUUGAGAAAUCUCACAGUAGCCCCGGCAGGUCGAAGCCGUCCCUCUCCGAGGGCCAAGCUCGCCCCCACGGAGGCCCCCGUGCUCAUGGCAAAAGUGGCACGGCCCGGGCACACCUUGACGAUGCCCCGGCACCGGCCGAAGCUGCCGGCCAGCAGCCCCGUCUCCAACCAACCCAAAUUGGCCGCCUCGACCCGAGGCACCACAGGCACAGCGUAGUUGGUGUGCUCACCAUUCAGAGAGCCCCGUCUGAGUCGCCAGCCAAUGAGAUCCCUGACGGCCGUCACCUGACCCUCAGGAAAGCCAUGUCUGAAGAGAGGCCACAGCCGGACGGAGCGUCCCGCAGCCAUAGAUCUGGUGAUGCUCCUGUUACUGCAGCCUCAUUGGACAGCGGUCUGAGUGGCAGUGCCUUUAGCCUAUUGGAUGAAGAGGGCGGGACCAAUGCGGUGGAUAGUGCUAUCUUCCAGGUUCCCAGAUUUGGAAAGAUUCCAAACGGCACAGAAGCUGUGAAAUCCGCUCAUGGAGAUACAGAGGGUAAGACUCAGGUGAUAGGGGAGAUAAAGAUCGCCCUGAAGAAGGAGAUGAAGACAGAGGGGGAACACCUGGUGCUUGAGAUCCUACAGUGCAGAAACAUAACAUACAAAUUCAAGUCUCCAGACCACCUCCCGGACCUGUAUGUGAAGCUCUAUGUGGUGAAUGUGGCCACUCAGAAAAGAAUCAUCAAGAAGAAAACCAGAGUGUGUCGUCAUGAUCGCGAACCAUCGUUUAACGAAACUUUCCGCUUCUGCAUGAACCCCACAGGUCAUUCCAUUCAGCUCUUUCUUGUUUCAAACGGAGGCAAGUUCUUAAAGAAGACCCUAAUCGGCGAAGCCUACGUGUGGCUGGAUAAGGUAGACCUGCGGAAACGGGUGGUGAGCUGGCACAAGCUGCUGGCCAGCACAGCUCAGAUCCACUCCUAAAGACGGCGGUCGGAUGAGGCGCGAGGACAGAACAGGCCGUGGAGUCGCACAUCUCUGCCGCACUCUUUGGGACUAAACUGAGCUGAAUUUGGAGGGCCGACACAGGGAGCUUCUCGAUUGCACUGGCACGUGUGAUUGUGUUAACCCAAGCCAUGGAGAAACAGGUGUAUAAUGGUGUUUACAGAAAGGGUCUGACCCUUAUUGACAAGAUGCAGAUCUUUACGUUGGGAAAAGCUCAAAAAAUUGAGCCGGGGAGUCACACAAUGUUCAUAUGUGUACAUGCACUUUCACAAUCACUCACACUUAUCGACACAUAUUUAUACCGAUGUAUGUAUAAUAAUAUGUGUACAUUGGGCCACAACAGACAGUUAGAUAAUAGAGUGAAAGUUUAUUUAUCCCGUUUGUGAUUAUUUACAGAUAGAGACGGAUAUCAUAUACAUUAUUUUUGUAUGAUGGAGACAAAUUCAGUUUUAGAUCUUUAUUGUUAUUUUACAUUCCCUCUCAGAUGUUAUUAUGUGUUGAAAGAACUGAUAUUUAAAGCAUAUUAUCAAUGGAUUAGAAGAGUAUUUUAUGGUAUAUUAUAGACAGAUUUAAAUGAAUGAAAUAUGAUUUUAUUGGGUGUUGUGAUGACUCCUUGUGUCAGUAAGGUUAUUAUAACACUUUCAUCUUUCGCUGUGUGAUACUAAAUUCAUCAAAGUCCGAGAUACAGUUUCAGAGCUCUAGGAAUCAAGAAGCAGAUAAUUGCAAAGAAUUUAAACCUUUAAGAAAACUGCCGGUCUAAUAUGACUCACAGAAAUGAAUGGGAAAUUGAAUAGAAAGUGUUCGCUGAUUGUUAUGAUUUGCUAUCUCGUUUGAUGAAUGUGACAGACGGCAUAUCCCCGAUAUGCAGCAGCAUCAGUUGAAAAUGUCAAAUCCAGCACUGUUAUAUGAUUUGCACUUUGUGUCUAGCAUUUUACGAAUGUAGGUUGGUAGCUUUUUCGUCAAAAAACAUCCUGCCAUUUAAAAAAAGUCAAACACUGUCAGUCCCCCACACAAAUUCAUACGCAUCUGUCUCUCUUAAAUACUCAAGGAUUAGAGUUUGAAUGGAUCAGUGUAGUGUCUGUCCGCAUCAUAUUGCUGAUACAAUGUUGAUAUUAUGUUUUAUUAAAAAACAAACUCCUAAACACUCAGGUUUCGAUGAAAAAGCCUUGCUUAAAAGUUAUAGGCUGAUCUUUGAUCUAAGCAGGUUCAGCUUAAAGGCGAUAACAGUGAGGAUCAGGGUGAUGGCAUCAAAAUGUGUUCAUUUUUAUUUGAACAGAUCAUUUUGGCUAACUGUUAUUUUCUUUUCAGUUUAUUUGUCUAAAAGGAGACGUUUAGACGCUGAGUGCACCAUCUCAUUCUUUCAGAAAAGUGUGGCCACUUCGACAACUAAAUCAAAUGCCAUUAGUGUUAUGUAUAUGUUGUUUCUUAUGUUAGUUUUCAUGCCUUUAAACUUGGGAUGUGUGGAUUCAAACUUUACAACACUUAGCCCAGCCAUUUUACAGCUCAAGCACUUACUGAUAUUCACACAAACAUCCAGCGUAAGGGUUAAGUCAACCUUUAACCUGUGCCAAACUACCAAAAUCCACAGGUUCUGUGCAUGUUAUUCUAUGCAACCGAAAAUACAUCUGAUGUAAUUAUUGUGUAGUGGUCGGAGGACAGAUAAAGCAUUACGAAUGAGGACUUUUUUUUAUUUUUGUAUGUUUUUUUCCCACAUGGUAUAUAUGUUUGCUUUUAUAUAUAUAUAUAUUUGGUUGUGUCUUUUAUUUGAUGCUUGUUUAAUUAAUUUUAUAUUGCUAUUUUGAGGUCUUGUAACAAUGAGUUUGCAAAAACGUAGGGUUGAUUAACCUACUCGACUAUUUAACUGCUAGUUUUGAGAAUUCAAAUGUACAUAACAAAAUGUGUUUACAGGAUCAUAGCAGACUGGUCAUCUUAUGUUCAUCGUUCACAGUGUUUGGAAACAACUAUCUCACUGCACUCAGCUUCAUAUACAAUGCUCAGCUUUCACUAUAUAUUCUGAUCUCCCAGAAUGUGUUAUAAUUUUUUAUCUUUACAAAUUAGAUGAGGGGGGAAAAAAGCAUCAUAUAUUCGUCACAUUAAUUCAUCGUAACCAACGCAGCCUCCUUUGAAUAAUCCACGCAUGCUCCACUUUCACUUCGCCACACUAACUCUUUCACCACUGCAAACAUGAUAAUAAAAAAAUUAAUAAAUAAAAACAAGACGUGUAAAUAAAAAUAAGAAUUUUCUUUUUGUACAAAUCGGAUCUUGUAUUAGUUUUCUGGUUCAGCGAAGAGCAUGUGUGAGGGAAAGGAGCAGAGCGACUGUGUUUUGAUCUGUGUGUUACAUGUUGUACAUGCACUAGGGUAAAAGCUUUCCUCAUGCUUGCCUCUGAUGGACUGGACUUGACCUGCACAACAGACACCGAUUUAACACCUGUAUAAUAAAGAGCAGAUGUUGACCUUACUGACUCCAAGUAGAAUCAGGAAACGUAUGGUGUUUUCACUUUGGAUGUUGCAUGUUUUGUUGGUGGUUUGUUCAUACUAUUUUUGUGUCCAGAUUCUAUUUACAAAAAGAUAAUUAAUCAGAUCUAAAUAUGUAUGCUGACUGUACAAAGAUAUGCUUGUAUAAUCCGUCUGGUUUUCCACUUAAUGUAAACUGAUGAAAAAAAAUCCAGCUGUCAUGGUUUUUGUGGUUGUACACAAACGGUAUUGAUAAAUUAUGCAAAUUGUGCUGUAAUAAAAGGCUAAUGC